AUGGCAUUGGUGGUGCCUGAGUUAAAAACUAUGUAUGAAAUCCGUAACGCCUUUGUAUUGGUCAUCGUCAAUGAAAAGUUCCAAUAUUUUGAGCGCCGUUGUGGCGCUGAUGCUGACAGAAGAAAUAUAUACACACUUUGUAAAAAUGCUCAUUUUACUCUGAAUGAAACCAGGGGCCUAAAAACAGAUGACCUCACAGCAGAAGAAAUGGAAGAUCUUUUCGAGACUAUCUCUAAGGGAAAUUUCAGUCCCUACGAUGCCUUUAUUUGUUUUAUAUCAAGUUAUGGAGACUCGGGCGGAAUUUUAGGAGUUGAUUGUGACAAUAUUACCGUUAAAGAAAUCGUUCGUCAUUUGUCUAAAAGGUGUUCUACUUUAGUGGGGAAACCGAAGCUUUUUUUCAUCCAAAGUUGCAGACCACGCAUGAAAGAUGAAGUGGGGGACAAGGUGGUAGCCGAACACGCUGCAUACUCUACAAGCUCUAGUAUUACUGUUCCCAUUGAAACCGAUAUACUAGUUGCAUAUUCGAGUUUAGACGGGUACGAAUCAUACAGAAAUUUGAAGGAGGAGGGAUCGUGGUUUAUCACUGUGUUGACGCAAGUCUUAAGCAAGUAUGCACACUACAUGAGUUUGACUGACAUGCUUGCUAAAGUCAACGAAAUUGUUACCAGCAUGGAACAUUGUGGCAAGAGACAAAUGCCGUUAUUUAUGAGCACUUUAAGGAAAGCUGUCAAUUUGAAAAUGUCCAAGCCCAGCGAAUCAAAAGAACUGCCUGCAUGCAAUUUGUGA